AGCAGACAAAGCAGACACAGCGUGUAGAGACCGACGCAAUCUUUCUAGCUCACGCUUUUCGGGCAUUAUUAAAAUUAAUACAAAUUUGAAGUGAUUUUAUGACUUCUGCAUUUUUGGAACACUGCCACACUUAAUUUUAGUCAAAUAGCGUUGAAAAUGAAGCAACGGAAGAGGUCUCAGUGCUAAAGAGUGUAGCUCGUGAUGGAUCCCUGUACACCAGCAGCAACAAGUGGCCAGGAACAAGCCGCCCUUUCACUAACACCAGACGUCAUUCUGAAACUCAUUCAGAAUUCUGAGCGAAGCAGUCAGGGGGCCUUGCGAGAAAGGCAUCCAUUGUGUAUUAAUGUGAGUGCUGAUGAUAUGAUUGAGGUCGGGUCUGCAGUCGUUAAGUAUUUAAUGUCCUCAUCAGAUACAAUGGUAGAACGGAAUCCCAUAGCGCUAUUGUCAAAUUUGAAACCAAUGCUUGAGGAAUGUUUUUCUGUUGGAAUAUCAUGGUUCAUAUCUGAACUCAUGAAAAGGAAUGGAUCGCAAUCAUCUGUCGAGUGCCAUCAGGAUUCCUUACUAGAUGAAGUGGAUGAAUUCAGUAAUAUUGUCAAGAAGGAGGUUGUUCAGGAAGGUGAAGGACAAGACCAUACUGCAUCAGACUCUACGGACGAAAGCAGUGAUGAUGGGGUAAUGGAAGAAAUACCUGAUUGUCCUACACGAGGAGACCCUCGUUUCAGAACAAAAAGGGUCCCACCACACAUCUUGUACACUGUUAGGGGUGUUCGUUGCCAAAUUUGCGGGAUUCUUAUCAAGGCCUCAAAUGCUGUAGAUAAGUUAGUGAAACACACAAAAGAAGAGCACCCGAAAAAAGCAACGGUUUCUUUUCUAAAGCAGGUACGUCAGAGAAAUGCCUUUGACAAGGUGAUUGGGGAAGGGAUUCGGUACUGCACUUGCAAACGUUGCCAAUUAUUUGGUAUGGCCAGAUUUCAUGAAGGGUUUUGGCAAAGGGCUGGUUGCUAGGUUGCUAGACUCAUCAUAUUGAAAUCUUAUUAGUUCCAGAGACACUGUUUAACAUUGCCAAUUAUGUUUCUUGAUUUUGCCUGAACAAUGAUUUGCAAGGCAUGUGGCAUGUCAUGUGGUAUGUUGUGGAAGAAUGGUUCCAAAAUAAAAAUCAAUUUGGGAGUAAAAAUAAAAGAUAUUUGUCAGUACGGA